AUGGCCAAGAUCAGUUCUUCAGUUGUUGCUAGUACCAUCGCCAUUAUUUUGUUGUUGGUCAUUACAGGACAAGCAAGCCUAAUCGGUCAAGAUGUGUUCUGUGUUGGACCGUGCACUGACAAUUGCGAGCAGCAAUGCGCAUCGCAAGGUUACACUAAUGGAUUCUGUGAAACUUUUAGAGGCAACAGGAUUUGUUGCUGUGCACCACCAAAGAAGCAAAUCUUUGAACAACCAGCUCAGUUACUCAACUAA